UUAUUUGACAAUCCAUAAACAAAACCUCACAUUUUCGCUUGUAAUAUAAUUUGAAUUGAAGUUAUCGUGCUGCAACCCGCGCCACCAAAUACGAUAUAGUUAAGUGUGUUGAUUAAAAAAAAUUUGAAUUGAUUUACUUUUGAAGAUAUUCUCUAAAUUCUUUUACAAAUGGAUGAUCAAGGUGUAACAUUAGAUGUCAAUCCAAAGGCAUACCCUUUAGCUGAUCCUCAGUUAACUACAAAAAUUUUAAAUUUAGUUCAACAAGCUAUGAAUUACAAACAGUUGCGUAAGGGUGCUAAUGAAGCUACCAAGACUUUAAACAGAGGUAUUUCAGAAUUUAUAGUUUGUGCGGCAGAUGCAGAACCUUUAGAAAUUUUGCUUCAUUUACCUCUGUUAUGUGAAGAUAAAAAUGUUCCUUAUGUUUUUAUUAGGUCUAAACAAGCAUUGGGCCGAGCCUGUGGAGUUUCAAGGCCAGUUAUAGCAUGUUCUAUUACCACAGAUGAAGGCUCUCAGUUACGACCUCAAAUACAACAAGUUCAAACUGAAAUUGAGAGACUUCUGGUUUAAUUAUGUUUCAAUUUUUUUCUUUUUAUAAUAAUAAUUCUGGAUAAUGAUAAUUAUAAAAAAAUUGUAUUUAUUACCUUUUUUUCAAACUUAAAGACGCCAUGUCCCCCCCUUUUGACAAUUCCAAUUGAAGUUAUCAUUAUUUUUUAUAUUAUUUUUAUAGAAUAAUAAA